CCUGCCAAAGGCUUCCGAAUUUGAAAAGCAACCGAUGCAACCUAUUUUCCACCAACAAAACAGAUGGAAUAACCAUUUCAUUUGGUGCUUUCAGUUUUGUUUUGUUUUUUUUCAGGACUUAUGUCUUCCCACAACUAGUAACGGGCCAAUCUCAUGGAACAUAUCUCUGCAAAAUACAUCGUGGAAACCAUAGCUACAAGUUUCAUGUCAAUGGACAUCAAAGUAGAAAACGAGCAACCCCUUCUGGAAAAUGAGGAAGCAGGAGAGAGGGUCCAAGAAGAGCAGCCAACCAUUCCGGAAAAUGCAACAUCAGCAUCAGCACCCCAGAAGCGACCAAAAACCAGAAAACAAAAAGUAAUGAGGAAAACCUUCAAAGGAACAGCCGUCUUGUCCAAGCUUCUCCCUACAGGUUCAGCUCUCACGUUCCAGCUACUGUCCCCAGCUUUAACAAACCAAGGCCAAUGCAAAACCGAGGUGAGCCAAUACUUGACGCUAGGCCUUGUGGCGUUUUGCGCCGUCUUUUGUUUCUUUCUUUCUUUCACGGAUAGUUUCAGAGAUGAAAGAGGCAAGAUUCGGUACGGGGUGGCUACAUUCAAAGGGUUAUGGGUGAUGGAUGGUCCUGUGAAACUUUCAGCGGAGGAGGCAGACAAGUAUAGGCUCAAGUUCAUUGAUUUUUUCCAUGCCUUGGUGUCCAUAAUGAUUUUUGCAUCGCUUGCUCUGUUUGAUCAAAAUGUUGUCAAGUGCUUUUAUCCAACGCCAUCAGAGGAGACCAAAGAGCUGCUAACGGUAUUGCCCGCCAGCAUUGGAGCCAUUGGCAGCGUUUUGUUUGUUUCAUUCCCUACCAAGCGCAAUGGAAUUGGAAACCCUCUCUCCAAAAAUUAGGCCCUCAUCUCCCUAUAAGUCGAUCUGUUGUCAUAAUAUUUCCAAGAUGCACAAGGUCCACAAUGAUGUGAGCAAUUUUUUUCUGUUUGCUCUGUAAACGUCAGGCAUUUCUCUGUUUCCAAUUCCCCACCUGCCGUCCAAAUCUGUAAAUCCAUUGUAAAAUGGUUGGGCGGUAAUUAUUUAAGCA